AUGUCUAUUGAUUGUCUUGAUGAUGAGACUCUGGCUCGCAUUCUUCAGGAUGAAGAAAAUGAGCAAGCAAACAAACGACGAAAGAUAUGUGAAGAUGACGAAAGAUUGGCUCGUUCGAUUGAUCGAGAUCAGAAUGAGAUUACGAGUGAAAUAUUCCCGGACGUCCACACACUUUUUACAGCAUAUAAUCCAUUAUAUUUUGAAGACAAGCUUGGGGUGGUAGAGCUUAAAUGGUCAAAACGCCUUACACUCUGUGCAGGUAUCUGUUGUUAUCGACUGAAUGGUGAAUGUACUAUCAAACUAUCAGAGCCUCUUUUGAAGCUACGAUCAUCUCAAGAUUUGGUUGAUGUUCUAUUGCACGAGAUGAUACAUGCCUACCUAUUUAUCACCAAAGGACAUUCCAGUCAUGAUGGACAUGGCCCAGAAUUUUUGGAGAUUGCGAAUAGAAUCAAUAAGGACGCCAAUACAAACAUUACUGUAUAUCACAACUUUCAUGAUGAGGUGUCUUAUUAUCGACAGCAUCGAUGGCAGUGCAAUGCAAGGCCCUUGCCAAGAUCAGGCGCCUUACUUUGGUAUUGUGGAAAGGUCAAUGAACAGCCGGCGGAUCGGUGGUUUCCCGAGCACCAACGGACGUGCGGUGGCACAUUCACCAAGAUUGCCGAGCCUGCUCAAAAAGUCAAACCAGCUCAAAAACCCAAGAUCAAGCCAUCUGGUCAAAACCUAAUUACUGAUUAUGUAUCUGCACCUCUACAAAGCUCUUCUAAGGUGUCUUUAAUCAGACAACCAACAAAGAAACGUUGA